UUUGUCAGAACAAACCACACACACACAAAAACACAAAGAAGUGUGCAAGCAAGAAAGUGAAGUUCAAUACGGAGUCUUCACUGUAUAUAUCUUAAAAAGGGAGUUUAAUUUCAAGUAUAUAUAAUAUAAACAAGUUUUAUAAGGUUCAUCCAUUUUUAAAGGAAAAAGUGUGAGCUUUUUUUUCUUUUACAAGUAUAGAGAAUCUCACUGAAUGCUUAGCUUUGAAGCACUUAUUUUAAGUGGUGUUGGUUGUAUGUGUUGCUGCUAUUAUUGAUACCAUUUCCAGCCCUUUCUCCUUUUAGUUCUAUUUGGCUGGUUUUUGAAGCAUUGAAGAGCGUGUAAGAAAUUGAGGGUUAUCUAUUAAUAGACAGAAUUUUAGAUUAUAUAAGUUGGGUUUGUUUGAUAAACAUAAGAAGACAACACAAAUGUUUACAAAUACAAAUAGUUUUAGAAGAAGAAACAGCAACACAACAAAAUUCUUCUAAAAUGGCUUCUAGCUGUUGUUACAAGAAGAAGAUCUCCUUCUCCUCGUCCUAUAUCAUUCCCAUUUUUGUUUCUGUUCUUCUUCUUAUUAUUCUUUCUUCUUCUGUUAGUCCUGUGGAUUGUACUACAAAUUCAUCGGAAAACCGACGCGUAAAUCAAUCUUUUCGACCAGACAAAGAGUUGCAGAGAUUAAAGAAAAUAAGAGCUCAUCUUGCAAAGAUCAAUAAGCCUGCUCUUAAAACUAUCCAGAGUUCUGAUGGUGAUUUGAUUGAUUGUGUUCCAAUUAAUCAACAGCCAGCAUUUGAUCAUCCUGAAUUACAAGGACAAACUCCAUUGGAUCCACCAGAAAGACCCAAAGACUAUGAAACAAAAAACAGUACUAACGGAGAUAAUUCAGAUGAUGAGAAUGAGAUCAUUCAGUUGUGGAGUAGUAAUGGAGAAUCAUGUCCAGUUGGAACCAUUCCAAUUAGAAGAACCAAAGAAGAAGAUAUCUUAAGAGCUAGUUCUAUAAUGACAUUUGGAAGAAAAACGAAACCCAUUAGAAGAGAUACUUCAAGCAGUGGUCAUGAGCAUGCAGUUGGUUAUGUCACUGGAAAACAAUAUUUUGGAGCCAAAGCAAGUUUGAAUGUAUGGUCACCCAAAGUAACAAAUAUGUAUGAAUUCAGCUUAUCACAAAUUUGGGUAAUUUCGGGUACUUUUGGCAACGACCUUAACACUAUUGAAGCUGGCUGGCAGGUUAGCCCUCAGCUCUAUGGAGAUAGCCAUCCCAGGUUCUUCACUUACUGGACUACGGAUGCGUAUCAAACUACUGGAUGCUACAAUUUGCUUUGCACGGGUUUCGUCCAAACGCAUGCAAGAAUUGCAGUUGGGGCUGCCAUCGCACCAAUAUCAACCUACAAUGGUAGACAAUUCGACAUCAGCAUAUUGGUUUGGAAGGAUCCGAAAAGAGGUCACUGGUGGCUCCAAUAUGGAUCAGCAUUAGUAGGAUACUGGCCUUCAUUCCUAUUUAGUCAUCUACGAAAUCAUGCGAGCAUGGUACAAUUUGGAGGUGAGAUAGUCGACUCUAGAACAUCAGGAUUUCACACAUCAACGCAAAUGGGAAGUGGUCACUUUGCAACUGAAGGGUUUGGUAAAGCAUCAUAUUUUCGAAAUUUACAAGUUGUCGACUGGGAUAAUAAUUUGAUCCCUCCUCCAAAUUUCCGAGCAUUAGCUGAUCAUUCAAAUUGUUAUGAUAUCCGAGGAGGAAAUAAUCGAGGCUGGGGUAUUUAUUUUUAUUAUGGAGGUCCUGGAAGAAAUAUUAAAUGUCCUUAAAAAGGUUAAUAUGAUCUUAUUCAUAUUGGAUUUUCCUAGGUAGUAACUAUCGGCUUUUUUAUGGUAUGGAAAAAUUAUUUAGUAGGCAAAAAGAAUUGGACUAGUCGGAGAAAUGUUUUCUCUUAAAACAGGAUUUCUCUCCGUUGAUUAUACCACACAGUUAGGUACUUGUAUGUAAAUUUGGAAAAAGAAUAUAUUAAUGAAUAUACCAUGGUUUGUUUAGUGUC